CCAGUACCCAUGGACGCAACGGAAACGCCCCCUCAUGGCCUAUCCAAAGAAGACUAUUCCGAGCUGAAGCCCCUCAUUCAAACAUACCACAAAUUCGAACCGAUCCCCAACACAUGCACGUCGCUAAUAACGCAACGCAUCGACGCCCCGGUUCGAACCGUGUGGCCAUUCAUCCGGAGCUUCGAAAAGCCCCAGAAAUACAAGCACUUCAUCAAGAGCUGCAACAUGUGCGGCGACGGAGGCGUCGGUAGCAUCAGGGAAGUCACCGUCAUUUCGGGCCUUCCCGCAUCGACGAGCACCGAGAGGCUUGAGAUUCUGGACGACGAGAAGCAUAUACUAAGCUUUCGGGUGGUGGGAGGCGAGCACAGGCUGAGGAACUACAGGUCGGUCACCUCGGUGAAUGAGUUCCAUAAAGAAGGGAAAGUGUACACCAUCGUUUUGGAGUCCUAUACAGUGGAUAUACCAGAAGGGAACACCGGGGAAGAUACAAAGAUGUUUGUGGACACAGUAGUGAAGUUGAAUCUGCAGAAGCUUGCGGUUAUUGCAAUGGCUUCUCUUCGUGGACAUGAUCAUUGAUCAGAUAUUUUGAGAAGAAGAUGGGUAAGAUUCUCUUUGGAAACGAUGGUCAAUCUAGAUUUUGAGAAGUUGGAUUUGUUCUUUUUGUUAUUUGAUUAUUAGUGGGGUU